AUGUCGAGCGCGGCCUCCCGAUGUCGUCCGAACGCAAGUUUCUCCCUCUUGCGUUCACCCUCUCCUCUACACGACAGCCUUUCAAACGACAUGGCGUGGGAUAUCGGCAACUUGGACCAGGCUCAAACGAUGAGUCGCAUACGCAGCCAUUAUGGGGAGGAUUGGUUCCCACAGGACGAAGAUCUACGUUGGGAGUUCGACGAAACUCCUGAGGGAUAUGAUCUACUUCCUGCGGCGGGCAUUUUUGCGACCGUUCGGCGCGGCGAUUUCGUCUGGUACGCCGGGAGUAUCGGGCCGCUGGACCAUCGCGCGUUGAACCAGCAUCGCCAGUUCGAAUACACGCCCGCCGAAACGGAAGGUGAAGGUCAAGACGCGCCGGGCGCCGACAAUGCAUCGGACGCCGAUGUGGACGAACACCGCGCUGACGACCCCAAUGCCUUGCUGCCGCGGCAAAAUCAGCAGGUUUGGUUAGGCCAGAUUCGCGAGAUCUUCAGCGCGCCAGCUGUCGGCCAAGAAGGCGAGGAGGCUGCUCGCACGUAUGUCCUGAUGCGCGGCUACGCGACGGGCGACUAUCUCAGGCAUGCCUUGCCUACGCGGUGGGAAGCCGUGUCAGAGUACGGACUGGUGGAUAAUAUGCACGGUCGUGAGCAUGUGAGACUCGAUACCUGGGAGUUCUGUCGCGCGCACGACAUCGUGGCGUUGGCCGAGCCUGUAUACAUGGACGACGCGACGGCACACCUUCCUCCUCCGCUCACAUCCACCACGACUGCCCGGGCAUUCGUCGCAGCCGGCGUUGUUCACUACGUUGAUGAGAUCCGCAACUCCACGGCGCACCGACCACUCGAGCACAGGCGCCCGCCCGGGUAUAGCCCGAUAGCGUGCGAGUACGAGGAAUGUACGGAUCGCCGGUACAACCGUGGAACGCAGGAAGUGGCCCAAUGCCUGGUCUGCAGGAGUUGGUUCCACACCGACUGCUUGGAGCUGGCAGAAGCCGCCGUUGACUGGGAGAGGGCGCGCGUGAAUUGGAACGGCGGGCAAGCGCAGGGACCUCCAAUCAGACGCGAGCCAAACUUGGACGCGGCCGAGUUUCUACCAGCGGCGCGUGGGGUCUGGAUCCGCGCGGACGUGCCCGUCAAGACUUGGGGCCGUGCCACGGACGCUGUUGAGCGGGCUAAGUUGGAGACGCUGGCGCAAGACGGCGAGAUCGGCUUAACGGAUGGCGAAGGUUUCAAAACGCGCUUCCGCGCUCGCAUACAAGUAGGCGGCGGCGGCGAAUUCGGUGGUCUCAUGACAGGCGGGGAAGUGGAGGAGGCUCAAACGUACAUACAGGAUGAACACAACUGGCUGCUGUACAAGUGUAGGGUUUGCGCAUCGGUUAUGUAA